AUGCUCGGGGCUGAAGGGGAUGCCAAAGAAAUAUACGAUGAGCCCCCCAGACAGCAUAAAGGUGAAGAUGAGGCCUCCAGCAUGUACCCCCCAACAUAUACCCCAGGAAAUUCUGGGUGUGACUGGAUUUUGGACCUACCAAAAGCUGCUGGGCAGGAAGAUCCCAAUAGUUUGCGCCAUAAAUAUAACUUUAUUGCGGACGUGGUGGAGAAGAUCGCCCCUGCCGUGGUUCAUAUUGAAUUGUUUCGCAAGCUUCCGUUUUCUAAACGAGAGGUGCCGGUGGCUAGUGGGUCUGGGUUUAUUGUGUCGGAAGAUGGACUGAUCGUGACAAAUGCCCACGUGGUGACCAACAAGCACCGGGUCAAAGUUGAGCUGAAGAAUGGUGCCACCUAUGAAGCCAAAAUCAAGGAUGUGGAUGAGAAAGCAGACAUUGCACUGAUCAAAAUUGACCACCAGGGUAAACUGCCUGUCCUGCUGCUUGGCCGCUCCUCAGAGCUGCGGCCGGGAGAGUUCGUGGUUGCCAUCGGAAGCCCGUUUUCCCUUCAAAACACAGUCACCACCGGGAUCGUGAGCACCACCCAGCGAGGCGGCAAAGAGCUGGGGCUCCGGAACUCAGACAUGGACUACAUCCAGACCGACGCCAUCAUCAACUAUGGAAACUCGGGAGGCCCGUUAGUAAACCUGGACGGUGAAGUGAUUGGAAUUAACACUUUGAAAGUGACAGCUGGAAUCUCUUUUGCAAUCCCAUCUGAUAAGAUUAAAAAGUUCCUCACCGAGUCCCAUGACCGACAGGCCAAAGGAAAAGCCAUCACCAAGAAGAAGUAUAUUGGUAUCCGAAUGAUGUCACUCACGUCCAGCAAAGCCAAAGAGCUGAAGGACCGGCACCGGGACUUCCCAGACGUGAUCUCAGGAGCGUAUAUCAUUGAAGUAAUUCCUGAUACCCCAGCAGAAGCUGGUGGUCUCAAGGAAAACGACGUCAUAAUCAGUAUCAAUGGACAGUCGGUGGUCUCCGCCAAUGACGUCAGUGAUGUCAUUAAAAGGGAAAGCACCCUGAACAUGGUGGUCCGUAGGGGUAACGAAGACAUCAUGAUCACAGUGAUUCCCGAAGAAAUUGACCCAUAGGCAGAGGCAUGAGCUGGACUUCAUGUUUCCCUCAAAGACUCUCCCGUGGAUGACGGAUGAGGACUCUGGGCUGCUGAAAUAGGACACUCAAGACUUUUGACCGCCAUUUUGUUUGUUCAGUGGAGACUCCCUGGCCAACAGAAUCCUUCUUGAUAGUUUGCAGGCAAAACAAAUGUAAUGUUGCAGAUCCGCAGGCAGAAGCUCUGCCCUUCUGUAUCCUAUGUAUGCAGUGUGCUUUUUCUUGCCAGCUUGGGCCAUUCUUGCUUAGACAGCCAGCAUUUGUCUCCUCCUUUAACUGAGUCAUCACCUUAGACCAACUAAUGCAGUCGAUACAAUGCGUAGAUAGAAGAAGCCCCACGGGAGCCAGGAUGGGACGGGGCGCGUUUGUGCUUUUCUCCAAGUCAGCACCCAAAGGUCAAUGCACAGAGACCCCGGGUGGGUGAAUACUGGCUUCUGAAAUGGCCAGAGUUGACUCUUUUAGGAAUCUCUUUGGAACUGGGAGCACGAUGACUCUGAGUUUGAGCUAUUAAAGUACUUCUUACACAUUG